UGAAGCAACGCACUUAAAGGAUCAUCUGCACAGUACCUGCGAGAAGACGAUCGUGGGGCUUCGAUUCACAUCUUCACCUUCGCCACAAUUAACUUUCCCAACUGUUAACCGCUAUGCAACUAUGACUUGGUCGGAUGAAGUGCACAACAACCGCUACCAAGCUGCCAUCGCUCGGGCCACAGCGGAGCGCAAAUGGCGCAAACGGGGCCUGCCAGUGCCGGUGAUGGAAACAGCACAAACAGGGCCGCUACUGGCGAUGGUUGCAGUCACGUCAGGGCUCAUUGCUUGGCAGCACUGGGCCACACCACUCAGAGCAGCGCUGGCCCAGCACCCGCUGGUCCAGCAAUUCCGCUCGCUCAUCUUCGGGCCCGCCUCUUCAGCCCCGCUCUCCGUCCCAAGCAAAAGCGCCAGCAGCAAGGGCAUCGUCGCUUCAAAAGUCAGCGCGCGAAAGCCGCCAGUAGUGGUGCCGACGCCGGCGCAGGCAGCGGCGGCAGCCGCGGAGGCGCGCUUGGCAGCGGUGCCCAGCCCGCAGCCACAGGCGAGCACGAGCGCCUCCGAGGCGGCCGAGUCCGAAAAUCCAAGCAGCAGUGGCGGCACCGGCGCUGGCGCUGCCGCCACAACAGCAGCCGGCCCAUGUUGGAAUGCCACACUGGAGCACCAUCUGAAGGUGCUGCAGGCGCUGGGCCAUAUCUCCUUGGGUGCAGUGGAGAACAUUGGGCUGCAGCCGGGCUACAGCCUGAAUGCCAUGCUCAAGUACAUCAGCAGCUCGAUUUUCAACUGUGUAAUGACCCCCGACACAACCAGCUACAACCAGGCCACGGUGCAGGCCAUGCUGGAGGCUGCCAAGGCAGAGGAAGGCGGUGGCAGUGGCAGCGGCCAUGGUGGCUGCGGCAUAGUGCGCAUGAGGCGCACUAUGCCUCAUCACAACAGGCUCCAGCUAAAACGACCUCAGCCACCCUCAUCUACCGGCCAAACUGGAUGCCGCAUGUGGGUCCCUGCUCCGGAACCACACAACUGGGUACAGGGUCUGAAACUUCAUGUGGGCCCAUGGGGCCCACAUAUUAUUCAGCAAGGCAAUGUGCAUCACGUGUCACAACAAGGCCGUAUGUACGUGCAACACAAGGCUACCCAAAUGGGUUCUACCGGACCCACACUCCCCUCAAACAUCGGUGCACAAGUACUGGACCUUCUUGCAGCGACCACAGCAUUUCAAGGGUUUGUCCAUGGUGCCCCCCUUCGAGGUCAGGUGCUUGAGCACGGCCUUCACUUUUCCAUCUUUCCCACAACAUGUUUGCUAAAACCCUAA